CCUCCUACCCCAUCUCUAGCCCACUCUUUCUUCUUUUAAAAUCCUAUUUCCACUCUGUUUUCUUAUUAUAGCAAAUUUCAGUGCAACAUAAAGUAAAGCAGAAAAAAAUGGUGCCGCUUCAACUCGCGGUAGCCGUGUUUUUAGUUGUAAUCGGGAAUACGGUAGUAGCAGAGGAUCCUUACAGAUACUUCGAUUGGAAUGUUACUUAUGGAACUAUUUAUCCUCUUGGAGUUCCUCAACAGGGAAUUCUAAUUAAUGGCCAAUUUCCUGGUCCUGAUAUCAACUCAGUCACCAAUGACAAUCUCGUGAUCAAUGUCUACAACAGCUUGAAUGAACCUUUUCUACUUUCCUGGAACGGAGUACAGAACAGGAGAAACUCAUUUGUAGACGGAGUAUAUGGAACAACAUGCCCAAUACCCCCAGGGAGAAAUAACACAUUCAAUCUACAAGUGAAGGAUCAAAUAGGGAGUUUUUACUACUUUCCAUCUCUUGCAUUCCACAAAGCUGCUGGUGGUUUUGGAGGGAUUAGGAUUCUUAGCAGGCCUAGAAUUCCCGUCCCUUUUCCGGAACCCGCAAACGAUUACACCAUCCUCAUUGGAGAUUGGUACAAAAAGAAUCACACGGCGUUGAAAACAAUUCUUGAUGGAGGCAAGAAGUUACCUUUUCCUGAUGGCAUUCUUAUCAACGGUCGUGGUCCUAAUGGUGUUACAUUCACAGUUGAGCAAGGGAAAACUUAUAGACUGAGGAUAUCAAAUGUUGGAUUGCAAAAUUCGUUGAAUUUCCGUGUAGAAGGACACAAAAUGACAUUAGUUGAAGUAGAAGGAACACACACAUUGCAAACAACUUAUUCCUCACUUGAUGUUCAUGUUGGGCAAUCCUACUCUGUCCUCAUUACAGCUAAUCAAGAAGCAAAAGACCACUACAUUGUUGUUUCAUCUCGUUUCACGACUCCAGUCCUUACCACCACCGCUGUACUUCACUAUAGCAGCUCUAACACCCCCGUGUCCGGUCCUCCUCCUGGUGGACCUACCAUCCAAGUCGACUGGUCCCUUAAUCAGGCCCGCUCUAUCAGGACAAACUUGUCAGCAAGUGGACCAAGGCCAAAUCCACAAGGUUCAUACCAUUAUGGUAUGAUCAACACAACUAGAACCAUCAGACUUGCUAGCUCUGCUGGUCAAGUGAAUGGCAAACAGAGAUAUGCAGUCAACAGCGUGUCGUUUGUGCCACUUGAUACUCCUCUCAAACUUCUCGACUACUUCAAAGUUGGUGGAUUCAAAGUUGGAAGCAUAUCUGAUGCCCCAACUGGUGGAGGAAUUUACCAAGACACGUCUGUCCUAGGCGUCGAUUACAGAAAAUUCAUUGAGAUUAUAUUCGAGAACAAUGAGGACAUCGUCCAGAGCUGGCAUCUUGAUGGCUACUCUUUUUGGGUUGUAGGGAUGGAUGGAGGGCAGUGGACUCAAGCUAGUAGGAACGGAUACAAUCUUCGCGAUGCAGUUUCACGUUGCACAACUCAGGUCUAUCCCAAGUCAUGGACCGCGAUAUACAUUGCAUUGGACAAUGUUGGAAUGUGGAACCUAAGGACUGAAUUUUGGGCACGACAGUACCUCGGACAACAACUUUACAUGAGAGUUUACACAGACUCUACCUCAUUGAGAGACGAAUAUCCCAUUCCAAAGGGAGCUCGUCUUUGUGGCAAGGUGGCUGGCCGGCACACACGACCACUUUAAGCAAAUUCUUGUAGAGGAGAAUUUUAUUUUAUACAAUCCUUGUAUUAUUGCGAGUUUAGAAGUAAUGCCUUAUUACUACUAUUACUACUACUAGCUGCUAAUUUGAAUGACCUUAGCUCAAGGUCGCAUUCUUUCUUUAAUUCCACGAAACAUUAUAUUUUGUUAUUUCCUCAUUGUUGUAGUUGCCUUAAAUUAUGAUAAAUGAAGUGGUUUUUUAAUUA